GAGCUGCGGGGGGGACCAUGGACUUCAUCAGUAUUCAGCAGCUGGUAAGUGGUGAAAGAGUUGAAAGGAAAGUGUUAGGAUUUGGACAUGGAGUUCCUGAACCUGGAGGCUGGCCUGGUGACUGGAGGCUGGGACCUCAAGAGGCCAUGGCGCGGGAGAAGCAGAAAUUGGAGGAAGAAAAGAAGAAGAAAAUUGAAAGAUUCAACAGUUCCAGACUUAACCUGGAGAGUUUGACCGACUUAGAAAACUUGAUUCAGAGACGAAGAAAACGACUUAAACGCAGAGUCCCCCCCAGGGAACUGGAGCCCUUGGUGAAGGCCCAGGCCCAGGCCCAGCUGGAGCCUGUGGACCUGGAGAUGUUCCUGAAGGCGGCGGUGGCGAACCAGGAGGAUUUGAUUGACAAGUACCUGAUGGAUGGAGGAGACCCCAAUGCCCAUGACAAGCUUCACCGCACGGCCCUGCACUGGGCCUGUCUGAAGGGUCACAGCCAGCUUGUGAACAAGCUGUUGGAGGCCGGUGCCAAUGUGGAUGCUCGGGACUUGCUGGACAGGACGCCUAUGUUCUGGGCCUGCCGUGGAGGACACCUGGACAUCCUCAAACAGCUGCUUAACCAGGGAGCCCAGGUCAAUGCCCAGGACAAGAUCUGGAGCACCCCCCUCCAUGUGGCUGUGCGGACAGGACACUGUGACUGCCUAGAGCACCUCAUUGCAUGUGGAGCCCACACUGAUGCGCAGGACAAGGAAGGGGACACAGCGCUUCACGAGGCUGUGAGACACGGUCACUACAGAGCCAUGAAGAUACUCCUCCUCUAUGGAGCCAAGCUGGGCAUGCAGAAUGCUGCAUCAAUGACCCCAGUGCAGCUGGCACGAGACUGGCAGCGGGGCAUCCGGGAAGCACUGCAGGCCCAUGUGGGGCAUCCUCGUACACGGUGCUGA